AUGGAUUCCUCCGAUGAAGACGAGGAGCGCACCUUCGUCCGGGUUCUCAGUGAGAAAUACAACCCAGAGAACUUCCCCUAUGGCCAGGGUGUGGUGGUUCUGCCCAGCCCUCCAGGAUCCCCCGUUAAAGACCGCCUGUUCUUGCCCAACAUCCUGGUUCUGAAUGACUGCGGCAUCAGCAAAGCUGGCGACAGAUCCGACAUCGAAGCUUUCUGUGCUCAUGUGCUGGAGCUGGACCUGGCCUACAAUCAGCUCAACGACUGGGGAGAGAUCAGCACCAUCGUCUCCAGCAUCCCUCGCCUGGACUUCCUCAACCUGAGCAUGAACCCCCUGAGCGGCGUGCAGCUGCAGCCCCGCGAGGCCGACCUCUUCUCCAGGGUGCGCCGGCUGGUCCUCAUCAACACGCGGGUCAGCUGGGACACCGUGCACACGCUGACGCAGCACACCCCAGAGCUCAAGGAGCUCUUCCUCUGCCUGAACGGCUACGACUCGGUGUCAGAGUCCCAGGCCUGCUGCCCGUCGCUCAGCCUGCUGCAGAUCACGGGCAACCAGCUGCAGGACUGGGCCGAAGUCAGGAAGUUCGGGCUGCUGUACCCCGGCCUGAGCACGCUGGUCCUGGCCAACAACAGCGUCGACUCUGUGGGCGACACCAAGGAGACGCUGGAGAGCCUCUUCCCCAACCUGCGCAGCAUCAACCUCAACAACUCAGGUCUCGGUAAGUGGGAGGACAUCGAGAGGCUGAACUUCUUUCCUAAGCUGGAGGACAUCAAAGCUCAGGGAAUCCCCUUGUUACAGUCGUACAGCACCCAGGAGAGACGCAGCCUGCUGCUGGCACAGCUGCCGUCUGUGAUGGUUUUAAACGGGAGCAUGGUGUCCGUCGGGGAGAGAGAAGACGCAGAGAGGUUCUUCAUCAGAUACUACCAGGACUUUCCUGAGCUGGAGCGUCCUCAGAGGUACCACAUCCUCGUGUCCAAAUAUGGUCACUUAGCUCCGCUGGCUGAGGUGGACCUGAGGCCCCGCCGCACGGUGGUGGACGUGCGCUGGGGGGACCGGGUGGAGCCGGUCCCCCUGCGCCUGAAGCAGACGGUGGGCGACCUGAAGAAGCAGCUUAAGGCGCUGCUGCAGCUGCCCUCCAGCGGCAUCAGGCUCCUCCACAUCGACAAAGAGCUGAGUUCGGUGCUCGGACCCGAGGAGCUGAAGUGCGGCUUCCGGGCCCUUCACUCCUACAGCAUCCAGGACGGGGACGAGAUCCUGGUGGUGCCCAAAGUGAAAAACCGCUGCAGCUCCUCAGAUUUCUGAGGCUCUGUGGCGUUGGACGAAGAAUUAAAAGCUAACAGAGACGAAGCUUUCGUUUGGUAAGACUAGGUUUGCCAGUGUUGAAUGUAAGGAAGCUUCCUGAGAGCAAAUGGAAAAUCAUGCAACGUUAGAUUUGCACAUUGAAACUCUUCUAGAUAGCUUUAAAAUAAUUCAAGUUUAGUUUUUCUGGUUUACGAAGCGCAUACAUCUGGAGAAUUACUUUUACUUUAACCAAUUUGCUUUCAUCUGGAUCAUUCAGGCUUUAAAAGGUUGGAGUUUUGGGGCCAUAAAAAUAUUCAUUUUGCUUUUAAGGAAAGGUAUAACCAUCUGCUUUCUGCACAGUCAUAUUUAGGUGCCAAACAUAAACUAUGCAAAAGGUACAACAGGUGCAUGUCAGGCGACUGGAGGAUCAGUUAAAAGUAAAAUAAAUUUGGGAGUUCAUAGAUUAUAUAUAUUCAGAUUGACAUAUUAAAAGUGUUUGUUUCUGUUCUGUUGAUGAUUCUUGCAUAAAGCUAAUGGAAGCCCAACAUUCAGAAAGGUUGAUUAUGACGUCAGACCAAUAAUAAUGAUUUAUCAGGACAGAAAAGCUGUUUCUAAGAAUGUUGGCUUUUCAUUAGCUGUCAGUCAUUAAAGCCCACAUUAACAGAAAGAAACACUUGAACUAUAUCAAUCUGUGUGAAAUGUUGCAUUUACUUUUAAUCAUGUUCUAAGUUAUUGAGAUGCACCUGUUUGUACGCAGCAAAAAUCCUCUAAAGGCGUCUGAACAGUCGAGGCGUUUAUAGUUGCAUGUGUGGAAGAUGAAGGUCCCAUAAAUAUCUGACUGUCUUCAAAUGUUAAAUGAGAAUUUCAUCGUACCAAAGAGGUUAAGAAGACCCGGGAUGAAUUUAAUGAAAUGUGCGUCCGCCUGCUUGCUGCGGCAGCCAUUAAUGCGCAGGACAAAGCGAAGGGGCAAGAGACGACAGCCCUGAGGAGUAUGUCGGUCAAAAACAGUGAACAAAAAGACAAGGCAAGUUUAUUUAUGACACAUUUCAGUAACAAGAAGAUUCAAAGGGCCGAAACAUGAAGAGAACACAGGAAAGAAAACAUUACAGAAGAAAGUAAAGGCAAGGGGAAAAAAACUACUUUUUUGUUGUUGCUUUUUAGCAAUUAAGUUAGAUAUAAGUAAGUCUAGCCUCAUAUAAACGGACAAAACUCUUUGUUUUUGUAUUUCUUCUGAAUUCAUUUGGACUUUGAUGAUUUCCUCCUGGAGCCAGCUUGAUACUCUGAAGUUGUGAAUAAAUUCCUCGUGGAUCAACUACUGAGACUUUAGUCACCGUCUGACACCAGAACAAAAAGGAAACCCAGUUUCAGAAGCACGUUUCUGAACUUUAAGACUGCAGCUCAGUUCAUAUUAAUCUAAAAAAUAGUUCUGCAAAGAUUUAUUUAAAAACUGCUAUUGUAAAUACCAACUAAAUGCACAGAUUACGUCAAUAAAACCACUUCAGAUUAUCAUGUUUUCAGGGAUUAGAUCCACUUCUGCACUGUGCAGAGGGCCAAUAAUCUACAGCAGGGGUUCCCAAAGGGGGGGCGGGGGUUUCUGUUGCUGAUGUUCUAAAGAGAUUUAGUAUUUCCUCUUUUUGUGAACCCGAUACCUGAGUAUACCUUAACAAGUUUUAACGCAGGGGGAAGGCUGCACUUUGUUUUUGUCAGAGUUCCUAUAGAAAUGCUGCCUUCUUCUUGUAAUUUAAUGACUUUAUUCUCAUCCCCACCCACCCCCCCCCCCACCCA